GAAACCGAAGAGUCUCUUUGCAAAGUUGCAAUUUUUAAACCCUUGAGAAACUGAAUCCGAUUAUAAAAGGGAACAUCGGAAUAUCAGCUUCAGUUCUACUUGUACCUUCUAAAGUUACUGUCUUUUGAAAGUGAUUGGGGAUGAAAUCGAUGAAUCGCGGCGAAGCUAAGGGCUCCGGUGGCCGUAGGGGUUCUCGAGGACCUUUUACGACACCUGGGAAAAUGGAGUACCGUCGGAAAAGCGAAAGUCCGGUAGCUUCCGAGAAUGUUUCCAUUGAUAGGUCUUUGGAUGAUUCUUCUGGUAGUAGGGGUAGAGGACCUCGAGGGAGAGGAAGAAGUUCACCAUCAUGGUCUCCUAGAGAUACUUCUGGGCGUGGCGGCAAUGAACACACUCCAGUGCAAGUGUACGCUAACAAGUCCAAUGAGGAUAAGAUAGGUUUUACCAAGCAACCUGAGGAAGGUGCUGCUCUCAAGGUUUCUGAAGAUAACAAAGAUCUUUUGCAAUCAUCUGGUUCGUCUAGCUCAAAGAACAUAAAUUUCAGUGGAGAGUCGUUUGUCUCUAGCGAAUGCAAGGACAAAGAUGGCGCUAAAGUGCAUUGUGGUCUUGUCAAUAGGAUGAAAGAUGUUUCGUUAUCUUGCCAGGAGUCUCUGUCUUCCUUAAGUGAUCAGAAAACUGAGCUUUCUAGUGUUGAGGAUCAGAGUAGUACUGCUCAACAGUCUGGCGCUGCAGAGAACUCUUCAAAUGAAAGCAGCACAAGACCUUUUGAUCUCUUUCUCGAGAAGAAGGGGAUAGGACUAAAACCCUCUCGGUUGGAAAUGAACAGAGAAAAGAGGAAAGCAGCUAAAGGGUACACUGGAAUUGUGAUUAGACCUGGAAUGGUACUUCUCAAGAAUUACUUGUCAAUCGAUGAUCAAGUGAUGAUUGUGAACAAAUGCCGUCAGCUGGGUUUGGGUGAAGGUGGCUUCUAUCAACCAGGUUAUAGGGAUGAAGCGAAAAUGCACUUGAAAAUGAUGUGCCUUGGGAAAAACUGGGACCCUGAAACAUCUCGAUAUGGAGAAGUUCGACCCAUUGAUGGUUCUAAUCCGCCAAAAAUUCCAGCUGAAUUCUAUCAGUUUGUUGAGAAAGCAAUUAAAGAAUCGCAGUCCCUAGCUGCCUCAAAUUCAAAUGAAAAGAGGGGGGAAGUUAUAAUACCAUUUAUGUCACCAGACAUAUGUAUUGUUAACUUCUACACAUCCACCGGGAGACUUGGUCUCCAUCGGGACAAAGAUGAGAGCGAAAGGUCCAUUCAGAAAGGAUUACCUGUUGUUUCAUUUUCUAUUGGAGAUUCAGCCGAGUUCUUGUAUGGUGAUCAGUGGGAUGAAGAUGCGGCAGAAACGUUAGUCUUGGAGUCUGGAGAUGUUUUACUGUUUGGUGGUAAAUCCAGAAAUGUCUUACAUGGCGUGAGAUCAAUUACCAAAAAUACUGCCCCUAAUGUUCUUGUUCAGGAAACAAGUCUCCGCCCAGGUCGCCUGAAUUUAACUUUUAGGCAGUAUUAACCAAAAAUCAGUUCUUGAAGAUACUGGCCACAAGGUUUUGGUUCAGGAACCAAGUCCCACCCUGGUCGCCUGAAAUUUACUUUUAGGAAGUAUUAACCACAAGCUAGAAACUUUUGUAAUGUAUCUUAAGCUGUUUUGGGGUGCCUGAGCUUGUACACAUUGUAGGCUCAUAACCUGCUUUUUAUAUCUUUUUCUUGGAAAAAAAAUAUUUUGAGUACCUACACUUGUUAUGAUUAUAUUUUGAGUUA